AUGACCAAGUUUCUUUGCAGUUAUUUUGCCAUCUAUUUCCUCUUCACUUGGAUUGGAUUCACCGUUACAAUCACUCCAGAUGCUGUCUGGAGAUCAUUGUGUUUACAUCGAUGUCAAGAUAAGCAAAUUAUAAAGGAUGCGAGACCUGGAUGUAUCAAGCCAAUUACUCAGGAGUGUUUCAAGCCAUGCUUUAGACCUUGCAACACAUCAUUCAAUGGAGAAAACUAUUGCAAAGGCCUUACUUGCCGAAAAUUUGCCAACAAUCAAAAAAAAAUAUGCCGUGAAUCCUGCAGUUUUGCUGAUAAAGUCAUCUUUAUGAACUUACCAUAUAAUCAGAGUCUUGUUGAUCCUCUAUUUGAACAUACUUAUUGGAAUACUGAGGAAAAUCUACAAAAUUCCCUAUGUAAUGUCAACAAUCCAGGUGCAAUGAAAUAUAUAGCCAGAAAUUUGCUGAUUGGAAAUGAACCCUUCCGAACAAAAUCAAACGACGAAAUAUGCACCUGUUCCAUUAACAAUCCGUUGUCCCUCAAUAUUAGCCAUUAUAUCGUUUCACCUAUAAAGUCUUCAGUCGAUUAUAAAGAUGGCAAACUCGUCUUACAAGUGCAAUUUCAAGCUAAAGAGAAAUUUGUCUACUACGAAUUGCGUUACUUCCUCAAGAAACUGAAUGAUGACUCUGGAGCUGUAAUUACAUACUGUAAUAUAACUAAAAGUAAUGUAGCAACCGCCAUCUUGCACCAACCUAAAGAUCAACUUCGUUAUAACGUUGAUCGAAAUAAUGAUGGAAUCAAUUUUAUCAUCAUCGUCGUACCUAGUGUUACUAAUCUGAUUGCCACCACAUCCUUAGCGAAACUUACUCCAGCAGCACUAGAGUAUUUAAACCCUGUUGUCUCUACGAUUUCGACUGUUGCUUUUCAUACAGAAAAUGUAUCAGAAUCCAAUUAUGUGACAUCUGAUCGUACGGAAAAAGAUGAUACCUGGAAAUGGCUAUCUGUAUUAGGUAUCUUAUUAAUUGCAGCUUCUAUUUUUGGGAUUUACUGGCAUUUUCGAACCAAACUGCUUACUGGAGAAAAUAAAGCAAGAAAAUUAUUUCGCAAAAGAACCGGAAAACGUCUAGCUAAAACAUUGGAGAAAUUAUUCCUCGCGCAUCCUAUACGAGACAUAAACCAAUUAAUAAAAAGGAAAAACUUUUUAUUCAUCGUUCAAUAUCCGUGGAAAAAUCUUCCCUUAAGGUCAGCGGAAUUAGCAAAUCUUCUUGGUAAAAGUAAUAUAAGAUAUACCGUUCCCGACGAAAUUGAUGAUAACGAAUUUCCUACGCCUUUGAAUAUGGUUGAACAGCCCGGUAAAUCACGAAAGAUUAUCAUUUUCCUGACAACGGGAUUAGUGGAAACGGUCGCCGACUACAGAAGAAAUGGUAUCCUGACUGAUGCUGAUUGUGAUGAAGGCAAAGAUAUGGUUAUCUUUUUUUGGAUUGCUGUCUUGGAAGUAUUAAGAAAACAUCGAAAUUCUAUCGAUAUUAUCCUUGUUAAAGAUAGUAAACUGGAUAAUGGUCCUGCAGUGCAGAAUGGAAAUAAAAUUCUUGGCUUAGAUGAAUUCUCAAUCUACGAUCUUCAAAAUAGUGAUGACCGAUGUCAAAUUCGUACCUGUCUCUUCUAUACGAUUCAAGGAGAUCGAAAUUCUCGAAUUCCAUCUACUGUUUAA